AUGUCAGAGACACUUUUGAGGAGAAGAGUCUUAGAGAGAUCGGACGGGUCGGCUUCAUCGGCUUCAACGGGUCUCUCGAGCUCUAGUGAUUCAAAAGAGGAUAGAGAGUUCGCUACGACAGAAGAACUCUUAAUAGAGAAACUUGAUAUAUUUCUUUCGCUGAUUGAAAAACGCAUUGAGCGGUUUGAAACCUAUUUUAGAGUGAUGAGUCUGCAAGAAGAAGAAAACACUGAUGAAGGGAGCGAGAAAGAAACGGAAAAGGAAGGAAGAUCUCGUCGGGGCAGUCUGGCGUCGUUGAGCCUGAUAACUUCGAUUCGUCAGGUUUCCAUGGCACAUUUAAACCGGGUUUACGAGCAGUUGUACAAAGUAAAGGAGCUGGUGCUUCUCAACUCGUUUCGAAACGCUGAGUUCUUGUACAAGACCCUUGAUGAUCAGUACAACUAUUUGUUCAACGCAUCAGAUGAUUUAACAGACAACGCCAGUGUCGCCAGCAGCAGUUUGGGAGCAGGAUUCCCGGGAAUGGCGCGGAAGGAGGCGCUACAAAAUAAGCUCAUAGAUACGUUGCACUAUUUUGAGGAGAAGUUGGCCCAUAUUGACGGGUACCUUUCGCAGAAGGCGGGUGCCGUUGAUGAGGACGAGGUAACAAGUGCUUUACGGUUCUUUAACUUCAACAAGGCGUUGAAGCAGUCAGAGGAAGGGUACUUGCACUACUACCAGCUUCCAUUGGCAUGGAGAGAAAACAAGUACAUCAUCGAAGGGUACCGUUUCACCAUGGGCCACUGGGAUAUGGUCAAGUCGAUGUUUCACUUCGACCACAAUGAAACAGGAAACAUCUGGACCCACAUGCUUGGGCUUUUCGCUGUGGCAUGGCUUGCAUUCGUUCAUUUCCCUAGCACGUCUACCUACCAGGCCAAUUCCUUAACCGACAAUUGCAUCAUGUACUUGUUCUUUGCUGCGAGCGCCAAGUGCCUCAUAAGUUCUGUUUUGUGGCACACGUACUCGUGCUUUGCCCACUUGAAGAUCAGGUCUCGAUUUGCUUGUGUCGACUACACUGGUAUUACCACGCUCAUAUCGUGCUCGGUGAUUUCCGCCGAGUAUUGUGCGUUGUACCACAUGCCACGUCUUCUUCGCUUUUUCGUUGGGUUUUCCAUCUUCUGCGGGCUCGGCGGCUUGACGUUCAACUGGCUGCCUUACUUUGAUAAGCCUGAGUGUCGGCACUUGAGAAUCGCCUUCUUUGUCGGGUUGGCGGUGAUGGGCGGCACCACGUUCUUUUUCAAAUGGUACUACGAGGGGUUCUACAACUCGCUUUACUUCUACACGCCCCUCUCGUACAAGUCGUUUUUGUGGUACUGGAUUGGCGUGCUCUUCUACGCUGGGCUCAUUCCCGAGCGAUGGAGAUACGAUGUAAUCAUAGAUCAGGACACCCUGUGUCAGCAUACGCAUACACCACUGGACGUGUUGACGGGAUUUGAGAACUCCGGCAAGGAGGAGAUGGAGGAGCUCGAGCAGGAGAUUGAAGAUGUGAGGAGAGACAGCAACGCCUUGUCAGCGAGCGGGUCGAUCGAGACGCAGACGAUGACGGUGAUCGAGAAACAUUUUCCAACGACACCCACACGGACGCCCUACCGGGGAGACUUUCUCUCGCUCUGGUGGGUGGACUACAUUGGGCUGAGUCACAACUUGUGGCACUUAUUUGUGGUGUUGGGCAUUGUGGGCCACUACUUCAGUCUUGUGGGCAUGUUUGAGACGAUUGUGAGGUGA